AUGACGGAUGCUUUCAGAAGUGAAACGAACCAAGAGUUGGAUCGAGAGGAUUUGUCCUACAUUUCACCUGACAGAAUGAAAUUAAAAACAAGAACUCCCUACUUUGACCCACUGUGCUCCGCGCAGCAUUCUUCAGAUAACGGUGCACUGUGUCAACUGGAACUCUGUGGCAACCCGAAAGACACCAUCCUAUCAUCAGUAAUGUCAACUUGUUACAACUUUCCUUGUGCACUAAACGCACCAAAUGACUCCCUCACAAGUGACUUUUGGGCAAGUCGUGAAAUGAAGGUAUUGUACCACAGGCUGCGGGAACAUUUGAGCAAAUUAGGGUUGAUGGCGCUACCUUAUUCGCCUAUGGAUUGCGGGGCUACGCAUUCUUCACUGAUGACAAGUGGAUUAUCCAGAACUGAACAACCUCACCAUUCACAAAACUUUUUACGUCAGUCAUGUCCCAGUGCAUUUCGUUCGGUUCAAAAGCAACCAUGGAACCAUCCUGUCUCAGAGGAAGAUAAAAGAUUCGGUGCUCAGCUGAGAGCUUAUUCGGCGAUCCUUUUGCACACCUCUUUAAAAAACUUCCCCAAUACUAAGACAACCAUGUGCCCUGAUUUUUAUUUUUCAUCGUUACCCGGUGCAGCCAACUUCCUUCAGCCACUCUUAGCCCACUCAAUUCAACUUCAUGAACUUUCAGAGUCAGCUCCACUAGUAACCAGCCAUGAUACAUUUCCAAACCAAUCAGCUAUAGGAUGUUCUACCUCGUCUCAUCAAAAUAGCCUCCUGCUACAAAAUGAACAAGUCUGGUCUGUAUCUCCCGAAUCAAAGUCAUCAAGGCUUCAUGGCGCCUCAAUAGCGGAAGAUCAGUUUGCACUACUGACCCAAGAUCCAGGGCUGCGCAUCGCCACACUUCCACAAGUAGACCUGUACAGGAUACCCGAAAAUGACACUACUCAACCAGUGGACAACGGGACCCAGAGUAACUCAAACAACUGGUAA